AUGACUUCCUCCAGCUCGGAUGAUGUAAAAAGUCUUCAAGAGCAGGCAAAGUCCCUUAGGAAGUAAGAAUUCGUUUCUGGUAUCAUCAGUUUUUUUAUCAAUAUUGAUAAUAGAUUUGCCUUCUAUGGAGUUGCCAUCUCCACAAUCGCCACUCUUUUCUCCGUAAUCUCCGUUCCCAUUCUGUACAGUGUCAUGCAGCACAUGCAAUCCUCCAUGCAGUCUGAAAUUGACUUCUGUAGGCUUCGGUCCGGAAAUAUUUGGCGAGAGCUUUCCAAGACCCAGGUAUUCCUGUUUUCCUCCACAAAAUGAAUUUCUAAACACCACUUCGAUGCAGAUCUUAACCCAAGUUGCUGGUGGCGCAAUUGUCCGCUCUCGUCGUCAAGCUGGUUACAGUUCCGGUCCACUUGAAAGUAAUAAGCACUUUCUCUUUUUUUUCAAAAGUCAUUACCAACAUGAUGUCAUAUUGUAGGCGCGGUUGAAGCAGCUCCAUCUAAUGUCGGAGGAGGCGGUGGAGGUUGUUGUGGAUGCGGAGUGUCUCCACAGGGACCACCAGGAGUGCCAGGAAGAGAUGGAGAUGAUGGAGCUGAUGGAGAGUCAGGACAGCCAGGAAAGAAUGGACCAGAUGGACCGGCCGCGACUCCAGCACCAAACUAUGAAUGGUGAUUCUGUUCACCUUCUGAUCUUUUUGCUAAUUGCAACGUGUUCAGGUGCUUCGAUUGCCCACCCGGACCACCAGGACCGGCCGGAAGUGCUGGAGCUAAAGGACCAAAUGGAAACCCAGGAGCUCCAGGAACGGACGGACCAGCGGGAAACAAGGGAAGCGCCGGGCCACCAGGACCAACCGGAACUCCAGGAGCCAAUGGAAAUCCAGGAACAGCCGGAACUCCAGGAACUCCAGGAAAGACCAUCGAGGUUCCAGCACCUACUGGACCAGCCGGAGCUCCAGGGCCAGCAGGACCACCAGGAUCAGCAGGAACUCCAGGAGGACCUGGACAACCUGGCAAGGACGGAUCCCCGGGAGACGCCGGAGACAAUGGAACUGCUGGAGCUCCAGGACAACCUGGAGGACCAGGACCGGUGGGACCAGAUGGAGCCCGUGGGCCGAGCGGAGGUUGCGAACACUGCCCACCGCCGAGAACUGCGCCAGGAUAUUAG